GUCUUGUGCAUGUGUCUCUCUUGGAGAACCCAGAGAGGAAUGUUGAGAGCAAAUUAGGAUCAAAAUGGAGACGAGGAAGAGAUUUGAGCGUGCCAAAUUAUACGUAGCAUGCAGUUUUAUGUUGUGCCUUAUUGGCCAUAGGAAUGUUGCUGCUCUUUCGAUCACUGUGACUGAUGUGGAAUGCGUUUCGGAGCUAGUUUUGUACGAGGGAGACACCAUUUCUGGGAAUUUUGUUGCCAUUGAUCAUGAUAUCUUCUGGAGCCAUGAUCAUCCCGGUCUCGAAUUCAGCGUAACAUCUCCGGGAGGCAGUACAGUAUUUUCUCUCAAAGGAACAUCGGGCGAUAAGUUUGAACUCAAGGCGCCACAAGGCGGAAUCUACAAGUUCUGUUUCCGCAAUCCGGCUCAAACUCCGGAGACUGUGUCUUUCUACAUACAUGUUGGUCACAUUCCAACUGAGCAUGACUUGGCCCAAGAUGAACAUAUGGACCCUCUAAAUAUUAAGAUUGCCGAGCUGAGGGAGGCAUUGGAGUCUAUCAGAGCAGAGCAAAAGUACCUUAAAGCCCGGGAUGCAAGGCAUCGAUACACAAAUCAAAGCACCAAAAAACGUGUUAUCUACUUCACACUAGCAGAGUACAUUGUCUUUGCCGGUGCAAGUGCUCUUCAAGUGGUGUACAUCCGCAAUCUGUUCAGCAAGACGGUUGGCUACAACAGAGUUUGAACUUCCAUUUCCAUUCUCAAAUAAGGCAACUCUAGUAUACUGUUCUUCCUUGCACUCUAUGCUUAAUUCUUUGCUUGACAUCUACAUUUUUUUGUACCAAUACCAUAUCACGAGAUCUCGUAGUCCAUGAUGAAUUCGUUUUUGAGGAGUAGUUAGAUGAAGAA